UGGCCAGAGACGUCAAUGUUUUGGGUUGUAACGUUGAACUGCUAGCUAGAUAGAAGCUAACCUACAUUAAAGCCUGCAUUUUAAAACGUCGCAGGUUAUCUUUAUAUCUCUCUAUGUCAGUAAUUAUUUAACAAAUGUUUUUCAUCGUUUAAGGAGGGGAGGAUUGUGGAAUACGGUGAACGCUAGCUAACGACAAGUUCUGACGUUGAUGAUAGAAAACAAGGCUUCGAUGGGAGUCGACCAGACGGAGCCGGAGGACUUGGUGAGCAGGCGGGUGUCCUGCGACGGGGAGCGGGCCACGGUGCGAUAUGUGGGCCCGGUGCCACCGACAGAAGGGCUGUGGCUCGGCGUUGAGUGGGAUAACCCAGAGAGAGGCAAACACGACGGCAGCCACGAGGGAGUCCAGUACUUCACCUGCAGACACCCUAAAGGAGGCUCCUUUGUCCGUCCAGCGAAGGUGCGCUUAGGCGUGGACUACCUGACCGCUGUGCGACAGACGUAUCGGAUCGACACAGAGGAGGUGAUGAUUAAGGAGAUCUCCGUGUUGGGCAAAAUCAAGGACCGCGGUUAUGAGAGUCUUCCAUCAGCGCUGCUCAGCCGCUGUGAAGUGAACGGACCCGGGGCUGACGGAGAAAUCAGGAAAACAACUCCAAACGUGCAGUGGUUGGACAUGAGCAGGUCUCUGCUGUCCUGCUGGGAGGACGUGUCGGCCAUCACUCAGCAGCUGGACGAACUGGAAAGACUACAGCUGAUCAACAAUAGACUGCGUCUGCCCUCUGACGUCUCGGCUCACUGCCAGGCUUUCUGCAGCCUCAGAGUCCUCGUCCUCAACGGCUGUGACCUCACCUGGCCACAGAUCCUGGAGUGCGCCCCCAUGUGGCCACAGCUGGAGGAUCUUUCCGUACAAGAGAACAACGUCACCGAGCUGCAGAGGCCUGAAGGAGUGCUGCGCUCCCUGAAGAGCCUCGAUGUGUCCUAUAAUCAGUUAGUGCAGCACAGCGUGCUCACUUUAGCAGCUCUGCCCAGACUGGAGCAGCUGAACUUGUCCAGGACGGGACUGUCUGACAUUCGAUUUGACGAUGCUGCUCCUGGAUCUCAAACAGCCAUGUUCUCCACGCUGAUGAAGCUCAACCUGGACGGCAACAACAUCUCUGAGUGGUGUGUGGUGGAUGAACUUGGGAAGCUUCCCAGUUUGGCUCACUUUUCGUGUCGUGGUAACCAGCUGGUGAGCAGUGAUGGAAACCCCAAAACAGCUAAUCAGCUGCUCAUCGCCAAACUGGGACAACUGGUCUUCCUCAACAACUGUGAGAUCCUCCGCAAAGAGAGGAGGGGGGCGGAGCUCGACUACAUCAAGAUGUUUGGAGUGGAGUGGCUGAAGGCGGGUGGGAGGAGUCAGCCCAGCGCCCAGUUCAUCAGUCAGCACCCUCGUUACCUGAGCCUCAUCGACAAGUAUGGCGCUCCAGAGGAAGGCGAGCUGAAGAAGCCGAAGCCGUUUGCCCUGAAAAAUCAGCUGUUGAAGAUCACGUUUGUGUUUCCUGAUCAUGCGGACCGGAAGCCGAUUGAGAAGAAAGUUCUAGCCUCCAUGGUUGUUCAGAAGGUGAAGGGACUCCUCUACAGACUUCUGAAGGUUCCUGCAGCAGAUCUGAAGCUCACCUACACCAGCCCCAAGAUGUUGGGGACAGAGUUUGAGAUCGACAGUGACCUGAAGACUCUACAGUUCUACUCCAUAGAGGACGGAGACCAGGUGUUGGUCCGCUGGUCCUGACCCUGCAGAGGUGAGGAAGCGACCCCGUUCUCACGGAACAGACACUUUGAGGACGGAACUGAACUGCACUUGCUUCUAUGCGAGACUGAGAUCCAGAGACGACACACUGAGAGACGGAUUAACGUCCCAAUGACGCUCAUUCUGGAUCCGUUUCCAAAAUGUAACCGCACCUGAAACAACUCCCCUCUCAGGUUCAUGCAUGGCAACCUUUCUCCUUGUUCUUCCUGCAGGACUUCAUUCAGAAUCACCAUAUCAUCUAAAGUGAAAUGUACACGCGCACUAACAAAUUCAAGGAUGUAAUAAAUAAACACUUUAUUUGCAAAUG